AUGGAUAAGAACCCUUUUGGUUAUUUUCCCCAAAUACAACUUUGUAAAGAAAAGCCAGCAGAUGAUAGUUUGUUAGGACACAUUUUUUGUUGGGGGAUGAUAUGUUUAUAUAUUCUCUUUAUAAUUAGUCUCAUAAUUUACCAGUUACGUUCAAUCUUUUGGUUUAAACUUGUGCUUCCACUUAAAAAUAAGGAUAGUGAAUUAGAAAGAGUGGAACUUGAAAAUUUAGGAAAAAGGUAA